CUUUGCUCAUCUCCCUGGAUUUCUCUCUUGAUUUGUCGUUUUGGAAUUUCAUCGAACAAUUAAGGUGAAAGAGGAAGAUGGUUAGGAUAGCGUUGGGGAGAGAGGCGGAGGAGGAGACGCCGGCGACGCCCACUGUGUGGUACUCCCCGCUGUCACCGCCGGAGGCCAUCGAUGGAGACCGGGCCCCCGUGCGUGUCUACGCCGAUGGCAUUUUCGACCUUUUCCAUUUCGGCCAUGCCCGUGCCCUGGAGCAGGCCAAGAAAUUAUUUCCCAGUACUUAUUUACUCGUCGGAUGCUGCAAUGAUGAAAUGACUCAUAUGUACAAAGGAAAAACUGUCAUGAGUGAAGAUGAACGCUAUGAAUCACUCCGGCACUGCAAGUGGGUUGAUGAAGUUAUUCCAAAUGCACCUUGGGUCAUUACACAGGAGUUCAUCGACAAACAUAAAAUAGAUUAUGUGGUGCAUGACUCCCUACCAUAUGCUGAUGCAAGUGGAUCUGGCAAUGAUGUUUAUGAGUUUGUUAAGUCUAUUGGAAAAUUUAAGGAAACAAAGCGCACUGAUGGUGUAUCAACAUCAGAAAUUAUAAUGAGAAUUCUCAAAGACUAUAAUGAAUAUGUCAUGCGCAACUUAUCUCGUGGAUAUUCUAGGCAAGACCUUGGUGUUAGCUAUGUGAAGGAGAAGCAAUUGAGAGUAAACAUGGGUAUAACUAAACUAAAGGAGAAAGUGAAGGAGCAUCAGGAGAAUGUCGGCAAGAAGUUAUCUGGGAUGCAGCACAACGAGUGGCUGGAGAAUGCAGACCGUUGGGUUGCAGGCUUCCUGGAGAAGUUUGAGGAAGGCUGUCACAUAAUGGAGACGGCCAUCCGAGACAGAAUCCAUGAAGGGCUUAAGAUGCAGCCAAUCAAAAGCAAUUCAUACCUCACUGAAGAACUGAAAGAGGAAAUGAACGAGGAAGAAUUGUAUUCUGAUGCAUGCUGAAACUUCCAUAGGUAGUAUGACUCUUGUUUUGUUGUCACAAUUGGAACAGAUUGUGUAACAAGAGAGGGAGAGAGAGAGAGGUGAAUCAUUUAUAGGGAUGUUUAGAUGUUUUUUUGCUGUUUUUGAAACAACUUUUUAGUUAAAAAUUUAAAGUAAAAAAUAGUCUCAAACGAAAUCAUAAUUGUAUGAAAAUAUCAUGACUUUUUUUUCAUA